AUCUUAUGCAAAGUGCUUUCUUCUUUAAUUCAUUAUUCUGUUCAUGUCGGUUUUGUUGCAGCAGCAUCAGUGUGCAGUACAAAUAUGUACUUCUAUUGCUUGCAUAUGCAAUCAGUACAUUAAAUGCGCACGCCGGAAGUUCGCUUGUCCAGAGCCGCUAGAAUACGGGUGCGAAAGGCCAUCCGUAUUGGCACUUCUUGUUACACCCAACCGGCAUUUGCACGGCCUGAUAUCCUCUCCGUACUAACUCGACUGUACAACGAAAUCCGAAUUUCAUUAAUGUACGAUGGCCCGGCACUCAUUUGCCAUAUUUUACCGCCCAUGAUCGAUUGGGCAAUAAUACGCGGCUGAAGCUGUGUUCUCUUGUUGUCUCGCCAUUCCAUUUCCUUUCUAAUCAGCCGUUUCAAUACGAUCCCAUAUGGUCACAGCACACAUAUACGCACACCGGAACGCAUUUUUCGACGUACAAUACUGGAUAAUCAUCCCCAUUUCUGGCAUCUGACGCCGCUGGAUGAUACUCUUAUAACCUAACCGCCGCUUUAUUGGAUUUUAUUGCAUGCUCACCCUGUAUUACCUUAUUAGUGAGAUUAGUCCGUGUCUCUUUCAUGACUUGAUGAGCGGAUCAACACAAUGGCAGUGCGUGCCACCCUUCACCAGGAUUCCCAGGAGUCCAUGCCCCUCAGUGAACGCGCCUUGCUGGACGCGACCUCCAUGGUGGACGACGAUCCCAACACGUGUACGACCAAUUUGAAGACGCCCUCCACCAACACCAUCUGCUGUCCGGAUACGCAGUCAACACUGGACAAUCCCACCGACGCCGAUCUGAAUAACGGAUCCACCUGGACACCCAAGUAUGCCAAUCCGGCACGAAUAGAAUUUCAUAUGCGCCGGCAUUCAAAGCGCCAAACCAAAUGUUGGAACUACCUAAGCCGGCAUCGGACGUUCCUGUUGUCGGUGUUGUUGUGUCUGUUGGCGUGGGUUGUCUUCACCGUGGUCACACUGUACACGGUGGCCCAUCUGCAGUCUCAGUGUGGAAGUAACCGGAGUUUCCGGAUCACAUGUCCAAAUGUAAAUUCCUCGUCCAUUGAUGGCAUUGAUGAUGCCCUUUCCUGUAAUUCGUUAACAACCGCACCAGAUGCAGCGAAGAAUGAAUCAGUAUGCACAACAUUUGAAUGUGUCACAACCGCGGCGCGAUUGAUUUCCGCAAUGGACUUCAGUGUGGAUCCAUGUACGGACUUCUUCAAUUACGCCUGCGCCAACUGGAAUAAAGAGCACGUUAUUCCCGAUGAUCGCACCAGUAUAUCAACAUUUGAAGUCAUGGCCGAUAAAGUUCAAGUUCAACUGCGGAGAUUAUUAGAGGAGCCCAAUACAAAUACCACGUCUCAGUCAAUGAGAAAAGCCAAAAAAAUGUUUGCGUCUUGUAUGAACAUUUCUGACAUUGAAAUGACUGGCGACACACCGUUGCGAAGGAUUUUACAAAAAUUCGGUAAUUGGCCCUUGAUGCAUAACGAACGGAGAAAUCCCUGGAAGGAGCCAACCAACAUCACCGUGGAACAGCUGUUGGCGACCAUUCACAAAGAUCUUAAUCUGGUCAUUGUUAUCGAUCAGUGGGUCGGACCGGAUGAUAAAGACUCGGAAAAGCAUAUCCUGCAGAUCGAUCAGCCGGACUUUGCACUUCCCAGUCGGGAUCAUUACAUUAAUCCCCAAUGGGCCAGUGACCGCGAGGCCUACUUGCAGUACAUGAUUGACGUGGCGAAAAUUCUCGGUGCUUCAGAAAAGUACACUGGAGUGCGAAACCAGUCAUUGGACGCUCUGCAAGUUGAAAUUUACUUAGCAAACGCCAGUUCACCGGAAGCCGAACGUCAAGCCACCCGCGGGGCCCUUUAUAACAAACUCAGUCUGGCCGAGCUGCAGGCGCAAAUCCCGCAUUUCAACUGGUCGCAGUACUUCGACACCCUUCUGGGUUAUCCGUUAAACAGCAGUGAGCCCAUUGUCGCCUACGGACUGACCUAUUUGAAGGCGGCCACCGCGGCGCUCAAGAUCUUCACCAAGCGACAAAUCUGGAAUUACGCCAUGUGGCGGGUGGCAAUGGAGUUUGCGCCGCAUCUCAGUACGCGUUACCUGGAAGCGCGCGCCAAUUUCCAUAAAGUGCUGAUGGGUGUGUCGCAGCAGCGCGCCAGAUGGCAGCAGUGCAUCGAUUUCGUCAACGAUAAAAUGGGCAUGGCCACCGGCGCGAUGUUCAUUCGCGAACAUUUCCAACCGGAAAGCAAAAUCAAGGCGCUUGAAAUGAUCCAUAUGAUCCGCGAAGCGUUCCUUGAAUUAAUGGAUGAACAAAAAUGGAUGGACGACGAGACUGCAUCCAAAGCGAAAGAAAAGGCCAACCACAUGAACGAAAAAAUUGGAUAUCCGGAUUUUCUCCUCAACGUGACACAACUCAACGAAGAAUACGAAGCGCUCGUGGUGGACGACAGCGUCUUUAUGAUCAAUGUAGCUCGAUUAUUGGCCUUUCAAACGAAGCGCAAUUUGGAUCGGCUAAAAAAGCCGGUUGACCCUGAACGGUGGACGACGACCGGGCCGGCCAUUGUUAAUGCGUUUUACAAUCCUAAUAAGAAUGAUAUAGUUUUUCCUGCCGGCAUUCUGCAACCACCAUUUUACAGUGCCAUGUAUCCACGGUCGAUGAAUUUUGGGGGAAUCGGAGUCGUGGUCGGUCACGAAAUAACUCACGGGUUCGACAUGAAAGGCCGACAGUUCGAUCGCUAUGGGAAUCUCAAGGAAUGGUGGAAUAAUGAAACUGCCAAAGCUUUUUAUGAUAAAGCCGAAUGUUUUAAAGAACAGUAUGGAAAAUACGUGGUGGAGGAAGUCGGAUUACAUAUUGACGGAAGUCUAACACUAGGGGAAAACAUUGCUGACAACGGCGGCCUAAAACAGGCUUACCGGGCUUAUCAUCGAUGGGUGGACCGCAACGGCCCUGAGCCCAUGUUGCCCGGAUCGAAUCUAACACACGAUCAGCUGUUCUUUCUGAAUUAUGCUCAAAUCUGGUGCGGCUCAGUGCGCGUCCAAGAUGCCAUGAACAAAAUCUCUGCCUCGGUGCACAGUCCUGGUCCCAUACGAGUUUUGGGCCCAUUAUCUAAUAUGGCGGAAUUUUCUGCCGCAUUCAAAUGCAGACCCAACAGUAAAUUUAAUCCACCACAGAAAGACAAAUGCUCUCUGUGGUAACAGCGUCGUACAUCUGGACUGAAACAUCGGGAUUGCGUCGAUAUACCGGCAUGGUGGAACGCACUUUCCUAACGAAGCAGUAUCACACUGGAACCAAUGAAUUCCGUGUUUUGCCGGUAUGGGUGUGGGGUGGUGUAGUCCUUUUCACGCGCUAAUUUGUACACUGCUAAUGCGCAACUUUUUGCCGGAUAGUUUUAAUUAACAGCAUAGCAUGCUGGUUUGUGGCGAUUUUACAGUGUUACCGCUGUUGUUGUUAUUUGUUCGCUUUUUCUAUUAGUGAUAGCAGAUGAUGUUUUAUGUGGAUAGAUUAACGAUACCGGUAAUUAAAAUAAUAUGUAAA